AGCAGCAUCCUCUCGAUCGCAUCUCGUACGUACAGCUUUGGCCCAGUCUAGACUUUCCUUCCAUCUCGUCCGUGUCGGCUCCGUCGUCGGUUCACUUUCGGGGGGCUUACCAUUCUUUUGUUGGAUUUUUCCUUCUCUAACCUGGUGAAAACGUUCCAUUUCCCGAUCUGCUGGAGGCGAUCGCGAUGGUGUGACGGCGUUCUGAUGUUCGAUCAGUGUGAUUAUCUGCUGCAGUGAUUUGGCGCAAAGAAGUAGUGAUUAGAAAAUUGAAGAAGAUUGAAGCCGAGUGAAAAUAUGUGAAAAAUGUGACAUACGAAUCAGCCAAAGCUAGUGAGUGAAGAAAAAUUUCCCAUGCCCAUAUAAUUUUAGAACCGCUUCAAGCUCCGCUACCAGAUACCGUCGGAUAUGGAUAUCGCCUACCCUUAACACUCGUACUAGUGAGAGAGAAUGAAACAGAGUGCACUACAAGCAAGCCCCAAAAUAAGCAGCCAACCGCAGUAAUUUUCCCGUACAUAACUUUGUGCUCAGCCCGUGGUGCCCAAGUCUGGUUCUAUUCGAGCAAAAAUCUAAUUAACGACGGUUCGGUGGUGAUAUUUCGUUUUCGCUUUCCUAGCCACCCGGUGAUGAUAGAUUUGUGAAACUGCCUUGGACAGCUGAAGAAGGCGCUUAAUUGUUCACGGAAAAAUAAAUCAUACAACGGGAAAUUUGAUAUUCAAGCAGCGCAGAAAAUUGUUCCUAAACCAUAUUCAACGCGAUUUUGUUUUUUUUUUCGCAAUUAGUGCUCUAUUUCUGCGGUCCCAGGAAGUGAUAAAUUUCGCUAAAGAAAAUAAUCCAAAAGACAUUUAUGAUUCGCUUUGUCGGCGAUCAACCGGGAAACAAGAAAACCAACACUAUUCAGUUAAAGCAAAUAUUGUCGUUCCUGGACGGUUCUGACAGCGAUCGUUUGGUUGUGAAAAUUGUGAACUGUGAUCGCAUCGAUGACGUCGCGUUGCCAGCGAGAAGAAUAACCAAACCGCGAUCAACUUGAGUCAGCCUGAACGGUGACCCUCAGCCGACAACAAGCAGAAGAAAGUAAGUGAGUGACUAACGAUCGUGCACGCUCGUGCUUGUGAGUGAAGCGGCAUCGCGAAACUGACCUGCUCUUGGUAGUGGUGGAAAAUCGUGGCCCCCCGGAAAGUGGAUCUCACCGGCAGUAGCAGUCGAGGGAAAACAGAUCACGUCUUGGGACAGCUUGUAAACAGGAAUGUUUGCAGCACCUUCCCCAGAGAUAACGCUCUGAUAUUGUAUAGCAGCAGGCUGGUCAACCAAUGCCGCAACGAUGUCCAGCACCAGCCGGAAAUCCAACGGUAACAUCCACAAGAUUCGGGAGUUCGAACUGGACAAGGUCACCCUGUCGGAUGAGUUUGAUAUCCUGCAGAUUGUCGGCGAGGGAUGGUUCGGAAAGAUUUUGCUGGUAGAGCAUCGGGCCACCGACACGGAGAUGGUGCUGAAGCUGCUACCCAAGCCAUUCGUUUCGCUGACCGAUUUCUACAAAGAAUUCCACUUUAGUUUGAACCUGGGCGCCCACAAAAAUAUUGUGACCACUUACGAUGUGGCGUUCGAGACGGCUGGGUUCUACGUUUUUACGCAGGAGUACGCCCCACUGGGCGAUUUGACAUCAAAUGUGUCGGACAGUGGGAUUGGCGAGCUGCAUACCAAACGGGUCGCCCGGCAGCUGGCCUCUGCCAUUGAUUAUUUGCAUCAGAAAGAGCUCAUCCACCGAGACAUCAAGUUGGACAACGUUCUGGUCUUCCGAUCGGACUUUGCCCGCAUUAAGUUGUGCGACUUUGGUGAGUCAAGGCGCAUAGGAGAGGAAGUGCUACGCCGCAACGAGUGGCUGCCAUACAGUCCGCCAGAGGUGCUGACGGUGAAGACCGAUGACAAAUACAAGACUGAUACCGCUCACGAUGUAUGGCAAUUUGGCAUUGUAUGUUUUGUAUGCUUGACGGGAUGUCUACCAUGGCAGAAGGCUUCCGUGGAUGAUCCAAGGUUUUAUAGAUUUCAACAGUGGCAGAACGCAACGCUCACAUUUCCAAUGAAACGUUGUCCGAAGCUUUUCAAGUUGCUUUCAGCGAGAGCGUGUAAAAUUUUCAAGAAAUUCCUCGAUCCCCGUCCAGACCGGAGGAUCAAAACGUUGAGUGAUGUGCAGAAAUACUUGGACGAUCGAUGGCUCGCCAAAAGUGCCGAAAAGGAAAUGGCAGAGAACGAACCGGACGAGCUGUGCCCGUCGAUGUAUUCCUUCCACAGUAGCGUGGAUGAGAAAAACCGUCUUUUGUCGACGUUGGCUCAAUGCGGGAUCGAAACUACCGUGGAUCGUCAGGCGAAGAAGAAUCGCAUUCGAGACUGGAUACAAUCCUCGGUCAUUAUGGAGGAAGAGGAAGAAGAUGAUUCAGGUUCUGCCACUCCAACUUCAACGGCUUCACGGACAGCCGUUCCUGGGCAUGUUUCGUCGGUGGCCGCAAUGGAGAAGGCAGAAAAGAAGAUCAAUUCCACGGUCAAAGAUGCAUCGCAGAAGCAUUUCGAUCCCAGAACCGGUACUGUUCAAAUGAGUCCAAGCGAGAUGGGCUCCAGAACUGCUAACAAGGCGGAAAAUUGGAAAAACGACAGAAACAAUAACCAUAAAGCCACCAACAAAUCGAUCGGUAAUGGAAAUCAGUUUAACUCAGCCCGGUUUUAUGACGAAACGGUGCCAAUCAACCCAUUAACGCCGAGUAACAGCGGCUCGACUACCCAUGGUCUAAUGAAAGCCUUCCAUUCAAUUGCAGCCGUUACAGUCCCGGAGAUCAACGGUCGAGACAAGUCUUCCGCUUAUCAGGAGUCAGCUGUUCGGGACAGUGGGUACGGGGGAUCAGUUGAUAGUCGCCAGCGCAAGCCCUCGGGUGCUAUGACCGCCCGAUCACCAGUUCUAUCCAAACGAUCCGCGAUGAUAAAGUCAAACAACAAUACGCACGAGGAAGACGAGGAGAUCGAGGAAGAGGAUCAUGAUUUCGACGAUCUGGAAAAGGAUCGAGGAUCUUACGAGGGUCUGAAUGAAACAAAUGCACGGAAAACAACCAAAGAUAGCCCAUACGAUAGGUUCUUUUUCCGGAGGAAGUAAAUUAUUGUACUUUUACUAGAGGUAAAAAGGUUUUACCAGUUACUAGUGCGCACCGUUUGAAUGCACCUCGUUGAUUUGAUUUUCCACAGAAAUGAAGACAUUUUUUGAAGAGUUGUCGAGUUUUGUCGAAUUGUUCCGCACUGAAGAUGUUUUUCCGUCAAUAAAUAUGAUUAUAAAAUAGGUUUUUCGACGAGCACUCGGGUCCACAUAGAAUUUGUACUGACUUAUUAAGCUAUGUUUAGAUAGGUUUUAUACGCACCGAUUAAGAUAAGAAAUGAUUUUCAUUCAUAUUUGAGAGGAGGGGAAGAGUUAGUAGGAAGUGGGGUAAAAUACGACGCCACGAAAAAGGCAGAUGAAAUUGUAGAGAAGCCUCUGCGAUGACGAUAUCUGAUAACGCCCGGCAGAGGUUAUCUGCACUUGGGCACUAAUGAAGGUAAUUGUAUACCAUAGUACUAAAAUAAAUGAUGGUUAUAAAUAAACUGGAAGAAUAAAUCA